AUGGCUUCUACCCAGCCUCGCAUCGCUAUCGUCGGCGGCGGCCCCUCCGGCCUCGUCCUCCUUCUCACCCUCUACAAGCGCGGCGUCGCGGCCACCCUCUACGAGCGCGAGGCCGACUACGCCUCCCUCGCCUACCUCGGCAGCUGCCUCGACCUCCGCUGGACGCACGGCCAGCGCGCCCUGCGCGAGAACGGCCUCCAAGACGUAUUCGACGCCAACUCCCGCGCCGAGGCCGACGCCUACCGCGUCCUCGACCAAGACGCCACCAUCCUCUUCGACCACACCACCGAACUCUCCACGAACCCCGAGGAGGUGGCGCCCGAGAUCGACCGCCGCUUCCUCCGGAAGAUCAUGAUCGACGCCGUCCCCGCGGAGUCCAUCCAGUGGGGGCACACCUUCUCCUCCGCGCGCGCGCUGGGCGACGGCACGCACGAGGUCGCGUUCACCAACGGCACCACGAUCGUCUGCGACGUCCUCAUCGGCGCCGACGGCGCGCACUCGCGCGUCCGCCCCCUGGUCUCGCCCACGAAGCCGUUCUUCUCCGGCAUCAACGGCGCGGAGAUCUCGCUCGCGCCCGACGUCGCCGCGAGCCCCGCGUUCGCGCCGUUCCGCGCGCUCAUCGGCGCCGGGACCGCGUUCGCGCCCGUGCGCAACAAGCGGUUCGCGGUGCAGCCGAACGCGGACGGGCGCGUGCGCAUGCUGCUCUCCUUCCGCGGCGACGAGGCCUGGACGGUGCCCACCGCGCCCGAGACGAUCGCGGAGACGCGCGCGGCGCUCCACGCGCUCUUCGACGGCUGGGCGGACGUGUUCCACCAGGCGAUCGACGGGUGCGACGAGCAGAUGGUCUACCACCGCCCGCUGUACAUGCUCCCCGUCGGGCACCGGUGGGCGCACGUGCCCGGGGUCACGCUCGUGGGGGACGCGGCGCACUUGAUGACGCCGUUCGCGGGGAUGGGCGCGAACCUGGGGAUGCUCGACGGGUUGGAGCUGGGCCUAGUGCUCGCGGAGGCGGUAAACGCGGGGGCGACGGCGGAGGAGCGCGAGAAGGCGAUCGCGGGGGCGGAGGAGAAGAUGUUUGAGGCGGGCAAGUUCUGGCAGGAGCGCACGGCGGCGAACAUGGCCGCCGUCUUCAACGAGGGCGCGCCGGAGUCGGCGGUCGCGGCGAUGAAGAGGCACAUGCAGGCGCGGGGUGGGCAGAAGAAGUAG